AUCAAUUCUGCUCACAGUUUAAGAUAUACGAAUAUGAAAAUUUUUUAAUGUUAAUAAAAUGUACUGCCUCCAGUGGUUGCUACCAGUUCUGCUCCUGCCGUGCCCAGCCAACCCUGCUUUAUAUUGGAAUCACUUUAUGUUUCUUGGACUCUAUUUAACAUCGUUUUACGUGAAGCACAGACCUUGCAUCAUCUGCUCACUCGUCUUCUUCAUCACAAUGUUCAUGAUAUCUUACAGUAACUGCCACUUGUUUAUAUUCCGUAUGUUCAACGAAGAUUGUGCAAAUUGUGAAUUCUCAGAAGUAGACGUGACACUGGAUAUAAUACACGCUGUUUAAGUUUCUGCUUCAAUUUUGAUUAAAGUUUUUGCUUUGAGACAUGUGGCAUUGAAAAAAAGAUUCACAAUUAAUAUUGAUUUCCUUAAUCUAAUUCCAUCAGCCAUCACAUACAAUACUCUAGCUUGGCGAUGCGUUGUUUUUAUACUUGAUUUAUAAACGCUAAUAUAAGAUGCUGCUUUAUGUUCUUAAUUUACAAUUAAACAGCCAUGUAAUGUUAAACAAUACAUGUUUGUAUGUAUUAUAUUUAUUACUGUUGUUUGGUAAUUAGAAGUGAGUAUUUCUCAUUUUAAAUACUUUUCGUUUCAUAGUUCUUUUUAAUAUUGCA